CCCUUCUGCACCUACCCAGCACUCCCAGCAGUUUUGUCCUGCUGUGAGCAGUGGCAUUGUUGGUGACGGGCUGUCCGUGAUUGAAAAUUAUUAUUUUCAAUUUGUGAAUUAUAAAUGGAAUAUCAGAGGCAAUAUGCAUGCGGAUUGGGGUCAGUGAUAUUAUUAAGCUAAAGUUUCGGUGAGGAAAGUGUUUCUAAGACUUGAAAAAUGUAAUGUUAGUGUAAUGUGAAGAAGCCUUUGUCAAUAAUGACAAUUGCAACAUUAGGAUUUCUUCAGACCACGGAAGUCCGAUAUUAUUCAUGUAUAUUAUGGACAAAGGAUAGUUUUGAUGAUGAUUAUUUGGGUGUUUGAGCAAUUCGAAUUAGAAACUCAGUUACAAUUAACAUGGAUCCAAACAAAGGCAGGCCUAGUAGAGCAAGGUCCCGCUUGUAUUCGUUGACAACCAAAUCAGGGUUAGGUUUGACUCUUGAAGAACAAGUUUGGAACAACUCGAUCGAUGAGAGUGGACAUAGAAGAUACUCUGAUUCUGAAGAAAGGAUAGAGAAACCAAAUUUGAAAACUGAAAUGUCAAACUUGGUCUUUAUGAGGAACUCUACCUUAGGACAGUCUGCUCCUUCAUUGUCAAACACAAUGAAGGAGCUAAACAUAGGAAGAAGGAGUAGUAGAGUUCUGCAAAGAAAAAGCUUUAUUUCAAAUACAUCACCAACACUGCCAAGAUGUCACUCGCCAAUGUCAGGAAGUCCACUAGAAAGUCCACGCAUGUCUCCCAGUCAGCAUUUCCCGUUUCCUACAGUAAAAAGACCCUACAAUCACCUGGGCAACGAAUGUAGAGGAGAUGGAAGAAGAUGGUCAGUGGCCUCCCUUCCAUCAUCUGGCUAUGGCACAACACCUGGAAGCUCUAAUGUCUCGUCGCAGUGCUCGAGUCAGGAACGCUUGCACCAACUACCGUCGGUGCCGACGUCUGACGAAUUGCGGCUGCUGACUCGUCACUUCUCGUCAAAUGACAGCGCGGAUGACGAGGGCCAUCGCUCUCCCUUGAGUCGGCCGCGGUCUCGCAGCCUCAGCAGUCCCAGUCGCUCUCCAGUCAUGGACAAUGACAUCGUUGCCAUGAAUAUGCUCUACAAAGAACGCUUUCCCAAGGCCACACAGCAAAUGGAGGAACGGCUCAAGAACUUCAUCAACGAGAACCGAUCGGUGAUGCAUGAAUCUUCGCCCAUCAUCAGAUUUGUACACCACCAAGUUGUGGAGAUAGCGCGGGACUGCCUUUCCAAAUCGGAGGAAAAACUCAUCACUCGCCGAUACUUCUAUGAGAUGUCUGAGAAUUUGGAACGGCUUCUUGGAGAGGCAAAAGAAAAAUCGAUUGAAGCAGCAUCACAGCUUUCGGGAAUAAUAAAAAAGCUGUUAUUGAUAAUUUCAAGACCUGCGCGGCUGUUAGAAUGUCUGGAAUUCGAUCCUGAAGAGUUUUAUCAUCUACUUGAACAGGCUGAGGGCCAAGCUAAAAUCAACCAAGGAAUCAAGGCUGAUAUUCCCCAAUACAUCAUUACAAAGUUGGGGCUUAAUCGAGAUCCCAUGGCUGAUCUCAAAAAAGGUGGCUUUACAAACACCAAAUGUUUAGAACUUGAUAAUCUCAUGGUGCCACAAACAUCCACGCCUGAAAGAGAAUCGAAAUUUUCCAAGUUACCAUCCGAAAAGGAUUUUGACAUGAUCAAACUGAUUUCGAAUGGAGCGUACGGAGCAGUCUACCUUGUAAGACAUAAAGAAAGCAGGCAGAGAUUUGCAAUGAAGAAAAUUGUUAAAAAUAAUUUAAUGCUGAGAAAUCAAAUCGACCAAGUAUUCGCUGAAAGAGACAUAAUGAGCUUCACUGACAAUCCUUUCGUUGUCAGUAUGUAUUGCAGUUUUGAAACUAAGAAACAUCUGUGCUUGGUAAUGGAAUAUGUGGAGGGAGGUGACUGUGCAGCCCUUGUAAAAACUAUUGGACCCCUCCCGCCAGACAUGGCCAGAUUCUAUUUUGCGGAAACUGUGCUAGCAGUUGAAUAUCUCCACAGCUACGGCAUCGUACAUCGCGAUCUGAAACCUGAUAACCUUCUGAUUACUGCUCUGGGUCACAUCAAGUUAACAGAUUUCGGACUAAGCAAAAUGGGUCUCAUGUCGUUGGCCACAAAUCUCUAUGAAGUUUACAUCGAUCGAGACACGCGCCAGUUCUCCGAUAAGCAAGUGUUUGGCACUCCAGAAUAUAUAGCUCCGGAAGUCAUCUUGAGACAAGGCUAUGGAAAACCAGUUGACUGGUGGUCGAUGGGAAUUAUUUUAUACGAGUUCUUGAUCGGUUGCGUUCCCUUUUUUGGAGAGACACCAGAAGAAUUAUUCGCUCACACUGUCAAUGAUGAUAUUGAAUGGCCAUCUGAAGACGAUUGGCCCAUCCAGCCGGAGGCAAAAGACAUCAUCAGUGAGCUUCUUCAGCAGAACACGAGGGAUCGCCUUGGCACAGGGGGACCUCACGAGGUCAAGGAACAUCCUUACUUCGAUGGCAUGGAUUGGAACUCGCUUCUUCGCCAGAAAGCUGAGUUUGUUCCACAGCUGGACCACGAGGAAGAUACCAGCUAUUUUGAUACUCGCGUGGACAGGUAUAAUCACGACAUCGGUGAAGACACUGACGAUCCCGACGACUCAAUCACAUUUGGAACAUUCUCUUCGUGCUCGCCACAGUACAAAAAAGUCCAAUCUCGCUGGACGGUGGAAGACCACAAAGAUAUCAAGAAAUUUGUUAUUAGAUGUGAUUCGGCCCAGUCUGAAAACGAAUCAUCGUUUGCUCAACCACUGCCACCUGAAAACUCGUGCAGUCUCCAACCUCCAGGUAAUCCACGGUCAAGCUGCAACUUUUCGCAGCCGUUGUUCUCAUCAUCAACUGAGAUCGAUCGUGGCUUGAACAAAGCCUUGAAAAAUUGCAGUAAUGGCGCAGACUUGACUAGCAAUUUCUUGCCCGGACCUAAAAUGGCCAUCUCUCCAAUACUGCCGAUCACAAAGCACCGAUCUAGAGCAGUGAUCAAGAGUUUCUCAGCUUCCGGCUUGUCACUAAUCAUACCUCCAGGUGAUGAUGUUGGACAGUCACAGUCGAUUGAGUCACCCGGAGGUUCGAGUACAGCCAGCUCCAGAGAUACUUCGCCCUGUCGUGAGCUGUCUCCUCUAGUCAACAGUUUGAAACCGCCGAUAAUCAUUCGCCGAGGUCCUUGUGGCUUCGGAUUCACUGUAAACACAAUUCGAGUCUACUAUGGUGAUACCGACUUCUACACCAUGCAUCAUCUUGUUAUGGCUGUGAACUGUGGUAGCCCCGCAUUUGAGGCUGGGCUGAGACCCGGAGACCUGUUGACUCACAUCAAUGGAGAAGCUGUUCAAGGACUUUACCACACACAGGUGCUACAGCUGCUUCUCUCGGGAGGUGAUCACGUCACUCUGCGCUCUACGCCGCUCGAAAACACUUCCAUCAAGUCGGGAGGAAGAAAGAGAGAACCGGGUCAGAGCAAGUUGGCCAAAAGAUCGCUGCAAAAGCAGCGACGUCAGAAAAGGGAUGUGGGUGACAAAAGGCGCAAGACAUCUCUGUUUCGCAAGAUUAGCAACAAACGAGCCAGCGUCGAAAUGCAGCAGAUGGGAGUGUGUGUUUCAUCUCCAUCACUAGUGACUCCGAGCCGCAGUUUUCAAUCGUUCAGCCGCUCCCUGUCUCAAGGUACUUCGCCACCAGUAGCACCUCAAGCGGUCGAGCCAGUCCAGGCGGCCAAGUGCCUGCGUGCACCUCAAGUGCCUCCCCUGCCCUCUGCCACAAGUCCAUCAGACUCUCCCAACCAGAGUUCAUCCAGUUCAUCAUCUGGUGGAAGUCCUGGGGUCGUUCCAUCCGGCCACUACCAGCGUCCCUCCACACUUCACGGUCUCAAACACAAACUUCACUCUGCUGCCAAGAACGUUCACUCUCCAGGUAGGAGGAAGUCGGUAGGCCACAUUCCUCUCUCCCCCUUAGCCCGAACUCCCUCCCCAUCACCACUGCCAUCCUCCCCCACCCGCUCCCCUAGUCCCCUGGCAUUCCCUCCGGGUCAUCAGCCUGGCAGCUCAAAUACCACCCAGUCCUACAGUCCUGGAUCCUGUUCGAAGAAGAACUGCGGCUUUGGUCGGGCAAAAAGCGCUGAACCUGGCUCUCCUCUCCUGAGAAGAGCUUUGUCGCCUGAUAGACUUCACCCACGAACGGCAGAGACAAACAUAAAGGCGACUUCCAUUUCGCCACUGUGCAAUCCUGCUCUCAAAGUGACUGUAUCAGCGGCUCCACGAGUUACCAUAACUUCUAAGUCACCAGCAGUUUUGAAACCUCUGCCCGAAACAAAGUCUCCAUCAACCACCUCCUUCUCCGCUUCCUCAUCGCCUUCGACCACCAGUGCAAGUGCAACCAAUACGCCAGUGCAACAAUCUUCAACCAAUGACGUGGAAUUUGUAUUGUCAACUGAAGCUGCUGCCACAGCCCGUAACUGCCAACCGUUACCGAGAAUUGCCGAAGAAAAGGACUCGCCAACGGCCAGUAAGGAGGAAGCUGUUGCCAUUGCCACCAAGAAAGCCGCCAUUUCGCCUGAUGAGCCAACACCCACACCCAAGAGCAAGAGCAGAAUAGGCUCAUUCAAGUUGUGCUCUGGCCGGAAGUGGAAGAAUCCUAAGGCGAGCAGCAAGGAUGAAGAACCCUCUCAACGCAAGGCCAAUGCCAAUGCCAGCGCAAGCGCCGACAAGUCAUCAUCUAUUCUCCCUCAUUAAUUUCACUUGAUCUUUAUUAGUAUUUUGUUAUCCCUCUAUUUUUCGACUUAAGUUGUUGACGAUUUCAGUAUUCUUAAUGCAAUGUUGAUCAUUUAAUAAUUAUUGUCUUUCUUGUUGGACAUUCAUUGUAUGUAUGUUAUUUUGUUAUUAUUUUUUGAUAAUAAUUGAUCCCUGUUAUUUAAUACAUACCUUAUAUAUAUAUAUAUAUAUAUAUAUAUAUAUAUAUAUAUAUAUAUAUAUAUAUAAUAUAUAUAUAUAUAAUCUGUUUAUCAACAUACUCCUUCUCGCUCAAGUCAAUCUUAUUUCACUCCAGCUCUUCUCUCAAUGUUAUUUAAUCGUUAAUUUUAUUCAAUCUCCCGCCAAUUAAACAUACUGGAGUGGAUUCAACAAAGCUUUAUAUUUACAAAUAUUUGUGGAUCAAAUAAGAAAUUCAGUUUAUCAUAUAAUAUUCGUGUUUUUAUGUUUAAAUGCUAGAUGAGUGUGAAAUAAUGAAUGAAUGAUGGAUGUAUAAGUGGAAUAGAUUAACUUACUGGCUCCCCCUAGUCAAAUAGUGAGCUGGAAAAAAUCUUUUUAUGCCUCAAGGUUUUUCGAAUGUAUAUUCCACUAUGGCCAUUAUUAAUAAAUUUGUGGAUCAUUCAGUCCCAAAGUGUAAUUUGUAAAUAAUUUAUUUCCCUGCUAAAAAGACUGGGACUUUAAUUUCAUUUUUGGUAAUGUAAAUCCAGUUAACUUGAAAUCAGAGAUAUUUAUAGAAACUUUAUCGCAUUGAAAUUCGAAUGAAAUGCAAUUCAUAAUAAUAAUUUGAAUGAUGGCACAUCAUUUAUACUCAUUGUUUGAGUUUCUAUUGAUUUACUAUAACUAAUAAAAUCAGUUUAAUACUAACUUAUUUUAACCUAUAAUAUCAUUAUAUCUGAAUAUCCAGUAAUGUUACUGGUCACAGUUAUAUCUUCCAAUAUUUUAUUACCUAGCAGUAAAGGUGUAAAGGGACUUACUUUUAUGUAUAUACGUAUGUUAUGUGAGUGAGUGUGUGUGCAUCUCAUUUUGUGCAUUUGUAGUUCAGUCUAAUGUUUAGCACUCCUCUACCUCUAGUCUAUUGAACUUACUGUUUGUUGAAAUGGAUACAGGAACGCUGUGGACUCUUCAGGAAUGAAUCGUAUCUUGUAUGAAAAAAUGUUGCAAUUCAUUGUGUAUUGCUUGGAAUAUUCAAUAGUGAUCAUUAUGUUUGAGCUAAGAUUCAAUUUUCAGUUGAGUUAAUUGUAUUUAAUGUUGUUGGAGGAAUGAUUGGUGUUUGUAUUGAUGUUGGCAUAUUAUUCUAUAAAAAAUGUCUAUAAAUAUACUAAUAGAUUGAAUAGUAUUCUGUGAGGCCCAUACUGUAAGGACAGAGUAGACGCAUGAAUCCCGGCUGAAUUUUUCGGCGCGUUUUCCGUAUAGUAUUGUCUAGCUGAAUAAACGGGUCUCAGCUUUCAGUUGGUCAAAGUAUACCGCCAUAAGAAGCCAUGUUUUAUGUUAAGCAUGUCCUUAUAUUAUGGACUAACACUCCCUUCUUACUAUUGUAAAGGGUAUUUUGGUGUAAAUCUAUAGGUAUUUUGACUAAAUCGUAUUUUUCUCGACGUGAAUGAAUUAUUUUCUUGUCAAUAUGGAUGUAAGAAAUAAUUUUUAAUAAUGAUACUGCUUAUUCUCAAAUCAAAUUUUACUGACAUUAAAAAUAAAUCUACUUUUGGAAUUGAAUGUUGUACUCAAUACUUAUAGCUUUGAACUUAAUCUUGUGUAAUACACGGUUUUAUUGUUAUAAAAAAUUAUUACAAUAUGCAGUACAAUGUAUCUGAUUAAAAAUUAGGAAUAUUAAAAGUUGAAAUCCAUAACUCCAAAUUUGCAGUAAAUAUUAUGGAAUUUGAUAUUAGUAUUUCAAGGAUAUAUGUAUAAAUAUUUUGUCAACUGGUUGAAAAACUGUAGAUUUUUGAAGUAUUGAUAGUAAUUGACUUCUAUUAUCAUACUCACCUUUUCCCACCCCUUCAUACUUGAUUAAAUCAUUAAAAUUAUUAUCCCACUACACUAUUCUACUAUAAGGAUAAAUAUGCAUAAAUUAAGCUGAUAAAGUGAUCCGUGCUUGAUCCACUGGAGAUUCUAAUAUUUUGCAAAUGAUCCUUUUCAAUCUAUUAAUGACAUAAUUUUAUUGAAUUAAUCGUUGAACUUAUCGAAAACGGAACCUUUCUUAAGUUAAUUUAUAAAUAUUUUGAAAAUAAAUUUCGUUUGCUUGCAGUAAAUAUACAAAUAAUAGAUGAAUAUAAACUGAGGUUCUAUAACUAAUUUAUAACUUGUUGAAUUAGUAAACAGUCGAAAAUGUAAUAAUAUAAUUUUUUCUAAUAAAUUCCACUAAUUAAUCACCACUGAUUCUUCAGAUGAUUUAGCUGAUAUAAAGUUUAUCCAAUAUUUGAAGAGGAUAAAUAUAGGCCCAUGAUAAUAGAGGCCUAUGAGGAUGUCGAUUAUAAUUACAAACUUGAAUACAUCCUGCAUAUGUUCACUUAAAAAUCGUUUUUUAAUUUUCUUCAUUGUCUCUAAUAUUUGCCAGUUUUUAAAAUGAUAUUCUAUCUCAUAAAUAUAUGUUUCCGCUAUUAUGUCGUUAUUUCUUCUUUAAUGAAUGCAAUUUAAUGUUGAAUGAUAUUUUACAUGUACUCACUUUUCUUGUUAGGGCUGCCGAAACACAAUGGAAGCUAUUAGAGAAGAGUUGCAUUGCAACUAGUUGUGAUUUGAUGAGAUCAAAAGGCUACUUGAUAACGUUUAUUGUUUUUUAAUAUAUUCUACAUGUAUAUGACGAUCAAUGAAUUACUUUGAACUAAAUACAAAUCAUUCUUUCCCCGUUUUAGUUAAAACAUUAUUUUAAAAUUGUCAGUGUUUCAAUAUUUGUAUAUGUGUUGAUAAUGAUUGAGAAUUUAUUAUACUUUGUAGUUCUAGUGAUAUUCUAUUCAACGUUUCAAUUAAUAUGUGUAUGUAAUAGGAACAACGUUUCAAUAUUCGGGUUGUUAUAAUAUCAUGGAAUUGAGGAUAUUUUCUAUCGAUGGUGUUUCAUGUGAUCUCUUUCCAAGUUUGAAGUUUUGAAUUUUCAACAUUGCUACUUGUACGGUAGCUGUUGUUAAUUUUCCAUCGUAGAUAAUUUAAAAUUGAGUGUGUUGUGUAUUACAUGUGUUCAGAAAAUGAAACGUAUCUUAUAGUUUCGCUUUGAUUAAUUAAAUUUUAUUUUAUUGCAUAUGUACGCUAUCAAUGCUCUAUUAUUUAUUAGUAUAUUAUUAUUGAUAUUAUAAUAUGAACAGCUGAACAGUUGACUCUGUUCUCCGAGCAUCUAUUUUAAAUUUAAUUUAAAAAAAAAAUUGCCAAGGAUUUUAACUCUAUAUUCCUCUAAAAUUGAACACAUCCUUUUAAUACCUUCCUUUUUUAAUGUCUGUUUUAUUUUGGGUUUAUAAUAUUUUUCAACGUUUCUAUUACGACUGUCUAGUCUAUGGACUUAAUUUCCCUUGAUUUCAACCAUUAGGUAAUAAUGUAUUCUUUCUUAUCUUUGAUUAAUCUUUUUUUUCUUUCAAUGAUACAAUCGCUUCAUUUCAACUACUUUUUACUAAAUUUUAACUACUACUCUAUUUAUUUCCUAUCUAUUUAUUCCUUGUCCAUUCAGCAUUUGUAAUCGGGAUAUUGAUUAUUUUUUCCUACACUAAUACUAAAGUUUCUGCGGUGAAAUCCGAUUAUAAAGCAUUGCUAGGUGUCUAAUAUUAGAUACAAUAGCUACAGAGCCGAAUUUUUACAUGCCUAUCUAGAUAAAUUUCAUCUUAUCAAUUCUCAAUCUCAACUCUGUUAAUUUAAAUUAUCAAAAUAAAUUUUCAAUUUUGAUUUUAUACUUUUUGUUUAAUAUCUUGUUUUAGUGUCAAUGCUGUAUGUGUGGUUUAUUCUUAUUUCAAUUUUAUAAUGUCUUGCCUAGCUUUUGCCUUUCUCUUCUCAGGAUCAUUGAUUCUUGAUCCAUUUCACUCACAACUUUCCAUUAUGAUAGCCUAAUUUUGACUAUACUACAUUGGUCUCAGCGCAGGCGCAAUAAUGUAUUCACAAUUUCAUCCCAUUUUCUUUCCAUUUUAAAGCAGUCGUCAGGUAAUGUCAGAGGCCCAGCAAUUGAUCAGUUGCGAUCUGAAAACUCUGACACCAGACCUGAGCCAGCCAGGUCAUUGAAUAUUAUUAUUAUUUUAGAUUAUCAAAAUGUGAAUUAAUUGGCUGAUGUUGGCAGUGGACUGAGGGAUCUUAUUCAAUGUUUGUACCGCUUCUUGGAACCUAGUUUUAUAAUAAAUCAUUUCAUCCCACUUCUAAACUAUGAAAUUCUCUCUCAAUUCAAAUUAGGUUGGUUGACAUUUAUCUCCAGUUCAGUGCGGUUGUUGUGUGGAUCAGAGGGCUUAGCUAGGUGCUUUUAUCAUUUGCUUUAAAGAAGCAUUUACAAAGGUGAAAGUCUGUGCGUGUUGGUGGCUGUUACAUUUUCAAGUGUCAUUGCUUCCAUAAAUUUUUCCCUGCUUUUUGUUGUAUUUCAACAUUUUCAAGUAUUAUUUAUUCAAUUUUUCAUUAUAAACAAGAUUAAAUUAUUAUUAUUCUUUAAGCAUCAUGGGUUAUUAAAAAGAUGGGUCUCUUAUAGCCUCAACUUCGCCCACUACACUCAAUAAUGUAUAGUGUGAAAGUGAAUUCAUCUAUCGCUGUAUGCAAACAGUUGGACAAAUUCUUUUCAUAAUUAUUUUUAUGACAUGAUGCUCGAUGAUUGCAGGAACUAUUCUUCCUUAUUCUAGGCCAUUCAAAAUGUAGUUGUUUGCUGUUAAUAUGAAUCUCGUCAACUGAAGCAUGAAAUCUCUCGAUGAAAUUAAUUGCGAAUUGAUAAGGUUAUUGGCUUUGGAAGUUGUGUACAGUAUUUGAAUAUUCGGCUGUGGUUAUUUUUAGGCCCGUUUUUUAAUCUAUUUUAAGUAAAUUUCCUUCAAACAGUUACUACCACACUAUAAUUAUUUUAUGAAUAUUUGUGUGAAAAGUUGUAAUUUUUCAUUUCCAUUGCUUUAAUUAUUCAUCUUUGAUCAUUUCUAAAAAAUGAAUGCUUCACCUAUACAUAUUGUAUUUGUACAAUAUAUAUAUAUAUAUAUAUAUAUGUACAAUAUUAUGUACGUACAAUAAAUUAACUAUAAUAUUGCCAUUAGAUCAACGAAAUUUUAUAUUUCAAUAAAAUGUAUUAGGCUUAUUGGAAACCGAUAUUUUCAUAUUACCUCAAUGAGAUUGAUUUCGAAAUAGAAUCAAUGAUAUUAAAAAAAUAUCAUUUCAGUGUUGGCUAUUUUCAUUGGAUUUUACACAUUAUCCAUUCAUAAGUUGUUACUCAUUAACAUCAUUCUUUACAAUUUGAUACUACGCCAUUCGUAUUAAAUAUAAUUUAUCAAGUGUAUUCAAUAAAAAAUAUUGUAUAUUAUCAAUUAUCUUUGAUAUGUUUCUAUUCUUAAUUAUCUAUGUUAAGUAGCAAGUUCUUUUUAAAUGCUAUUACUACAUCUAGUGUACAUUUUGAUUGUUAUUUUUCGAAAAUGUUCAAUCAUUAAUCUUUAGUGUUUUAAUUAUUCAUCUUCUAUAAUAUCUGAAAGGAUAGGCUUCUCAUAUUAUAUAUUUUUUUUAAUCUGGCCAUAUACUCAACGAAAUUUUAGAUUUUAACAAAUGAAUGAAAAAAUGCUACUCGAAUUGAACUUUUCGUUAUUUUAUUGUGUUCGAUUUUAAAAUAGAAAUUCUCAAUAAUUGAUUAACGAAUCCACAUUAUUAGAUAUGAUAUUACUUUUAAUAAUGAUAUCAAUUUUGAAUCUAAUUUCCUAUGAGCAAUUUAAUAUUCAUAUGAUGAGUGAUGAAAUUGUUUUUUAUUUGAAUUUGUCAAUUAUAUUCAAUAAAAAUAAUUGAAUAAUGUCAUAAAAAUGUUGAAUUAUAAAUUCAUAAAUUGAUAUUUGUGUAUAUUAUCUGUUUCUCUUGAUUACGUAUUUCAUAAGUAUUAUUGCUCUAUUGCCAUACUCGAUCAUUAAUCUGUGUGUCAAUUUCAUUCAUGACUAUAUAUUUCAAAUAAUAAUUCUUCAGAACCAUAAGUGUA